GACAAGCUAUCAAGCUGUCAUGUAAACUGGCAUAGUGUAUGCAGAUGUGGAUAAAAUUCACUUUAGUGGAACCUGCGGCUUUUGCAAAUGAAUAUUUGCAAAUGAAUAAAUUCACCGAUGGGUCGAUCUGCCAGGUCCACACGACCAAGAAGGGGGAGGUUUUCUCACUGCUUACGAAAAGUAUCUUUCCCAUACCACUGUUUUCCAAAUUUCUUUUUUAAUUGAACAUUCAUAGAACUGCUACAUACACAGCCUUGGACAGCUCCUUGUAUGGAGAAAAGCUUCUUUAAACGAUAAUAAAUAAUAAAUGAACAAUUUUUAUGAGAAUGUAAAUGUUAUUCUUAUGUAUGCAUAAGAUGCGUAAAAUAAUAUUGUAGUAUGUUUUAAGAAAAUACUAAUAAAAUGGAUGAAAGAACAGUGGUAGGAGGUAUCCCACUUGAAUGUCUAACUGGGGAACCAGCAGCAAUUUGGUCUGGUUGGCGUACAUUAGGAGACAGAGAAUUGGUUAGAGAAGCAUCUGCGAAAGGCACUCAUAUAAAUCUUGCACAUAAAUGUAUAGCCUAUAGACGAAAUUAUUCUAUUUCGAAUGCUCAGGAUUAUUUUAAUAAAGAAGUGGAAGUAUGGAUUACAGAGCUCUUAAAUAAGCAUCAAAUUUAUAGAGCUUCUCAUAUUUUAAAAAACAUGAAAAGAAAUCCAGAGGAAUAUAUACUUGAUGUUUGUAUAAAUUGCAAAGAUUCAGCUUUGAGGAAUUAUUUGUCAGAAUAUCUAAUAAAUAUUUCACACUUUAAAACCGAGCAUUUGGAUUCAUGGAAUAUAAUAAAAUGUAUUAUACAAUUUGAACAGAAAUAUAUGAUACCAGAUGGCUUAAGCUCAUCAUUAUGUAUAGAAAAUAUUAUAAAAUUGCCAGAAAAUAUAAAACAAGCAUUAUGUACAGAACUGUAUUUUUCUGUAAAUGAACAUAAUCUUUUAAAACAUGUAAAUAGUAUUGUGUUAUGGGAUUAUUUGUUGGCAAAUAAUAAACUUGAAAUUAUUAAAUUUUGGAUUGAUACACAUUACUGUGGUAAUGAAAUUGAACAGUCAAAUGAGAUUACUCAAGAACAGAGAUCUUUAUUUGCUACUCUGAAUAUUGUAACUGACAUGUAUGAAAAUAUUGAUUCUUCAAAUGCAAGUAAUCUUGUGAAAGAUUUGAUUAAGAAUCAUCUUUGUAGGUAUGGAAUAUUUAUACACAAAGAAAAGCAAGAUAUAAAAUUAAUGCUAGCGCGCAUCUUUGGCAGUGCAAUGACACUAUCACAAUUUAAUACAGUACUCUCGCAUAAAACAUGUAAUAUUAAUAAGACUGAAUUUUUUAAAACUGUUGAUAAGGAAUUGUGUUUUGCUCGUUGCUUAAAUGAAAUUCACACUCAAUUGGAUAAAAAUAAGAUAGUAAAACUCUUUGAUGUAUUAACAAAAAUGUGUAAUAGUGAAGAACAAUUUGAAGACACUUUGAUAGAAGGCCUGUUUGAAACAAUUUAUUAUCUUACGGAUGAUGUAAAUGAAUUUUUGAAACACAAUUAUUUAAUAGUUUUAAUACUGAUAUUUUCACAUUUAUCUAGAGAAAAUGUAACAAACAAUCGUAGCAUAAAAAUUGAAAUGAAUAAAAAUGUACUUGAAAAUAUAUUUAUAAGUAAAGACAAUUUACAACUAGGCACUUAUAACAUUUCCAAUGAAGUUCUGCAAAGUACAUUAAAGCAUAUGCCAAUUUUUCAAUACAUUCUUGAAAAUAAAUCCAAAAACGAAAUCACAAUAUAUGAAUUAUUAGAUGAUUACAAAAAUUUAAAUGUGAAGCAAUUAUUUAAGUGGCGCUUUAAUAAUGAACCAAUGCCUCAUUUCUCUAAUGAAACACUUGUUAAAAAGUAUGGACAUUCAGAAGCAUUAACAUAUGAAUAUUAUUUAAAAGAAGCUCGUCCAAACAUGGCAGUACUUAGCUUGAAACAUUCUCAAGGAAAACUAGUAAACAGUAUAUCUUCUACAAGAAAAUGCAAAGCAAGUCUUUAUGCGCACAUUCUUGCGUUACGGAAUGUAGAUAAACCAGAAGUAGUUUGCAGUUGCAUUUCUUUUAUUGAAAUGCUAGGCGUUAAUUCAGAAAAUUUAAGACUUCAUGUAACAGCAGCAAACUAUGUACAAAAAGAGAUCAACGUAUCUAUCGGAAAUUUAUUGGAGAAUGUAAUAUACAAAAAUGAAAAUGAUCUAAAUACUGUAAUGUCCUAUCUUGAAAAUAGCUUUAAGAAGAACAUCCGUGAAAAUUUAGUUGAAAAUAGCCAACAGUUUGUAAACAUUUUAAAAAUAUGGGAUGUGAUUGUACGAUUUGCGAAAAUUCACAAUUUUUCUUUACCAACGUGUUUAUUAAAAUCUUUAGCAAGACAGAAUCAGUGGUUUGAAUUUCUUUUAGUUUGCCAGACUUUCUCUUAUCCUUUGAACCAGGUACUAGAUAAUGCCAAAUAUUUUGAAGACAUGAUUAUAAAGGAACACCUGUUAACUUGUUUAAACAAUGCUCAACUUAUAAAAUCACAAUCAGCUAUUCACAGCGAUCAAAAAAUAAAGUCACGAGACGUUAGACAAUCAUUAUAUUACAAAAUUGGGGUUAAGCAAAGUGUAAGUGACAAGCAUUACUUGCACAUAAUAAAUAGAGAAUUUCAAAAAUUACAGUGCACUUUUAUGACACAGGGAUCUGCAAUUUCUGGUUCAUUAACAUCUACAGAUUCUACAAGUACCUCUGAUUCUUGUAGCACAUAUGAAUAUCCGAUACAUGAUAGUGUUUGUACAUUGGAUGAUGAUUUAUGGUUGAUUAUUCUGAAAUGUCAUCAAAGUCCAGAUCCUCCUGGUGCACUGAUAAACGCAUCGUAUCUGACAUCAAGAUCAUUCCUUACAGUUCUAGCAACUUGUUAUGAACCAUCAUCAACAGCAGCAUAUUCUUACUCAUGGAUGAUAAUAUCAACGGCUGAUAAAAGUAUUAUUUCUGAUUAUAAAAGCUGUUUAGAACAACAAAUAUGGUCAGCAAAUCAAGUUUUUAAUUUAUUGGAUAAAAUGGUGAUACAUGGAUUCAUUAGUACUCUCAACAGAGCUUACAAAAUAUUUAUGCCUGAAAGUGUCUUCAAUGCAUUUUUUGAAUUUCUGGAACAGUGUACACUUUAUGGAGAAUUUCAAGAAUCUCAACAAUAUUUAUUAAAAUUCAAAACUCAGUGUUUAAAUCUCAAAUGCAAUAGGGUGAUAGAUUGGAAUUGUUCAGAUGACUCAUACUUAAACAAUUUAUAUUGGGUUACAAUUGUCGCUGUUAAGUGUAUUAUUGCAACACUUGCAUACGGUCUUAGGAGCACAUAUUUACAAAUUAAAUUUCUUGAGACAUUGAUAAAAUGUAAUUUUUCUGCAGAUUGUCAAGUUUACGUUCCAAAUUUUCACCGAUUUUUAGAAAUUAUAAAAAUUCUUCAAAAGACAAACAUUAUAUUUAAUUUCGCGAAUUUUACGAUGUCAGAUGAUUUAUACAAUUUUAAUACGGAAAUUCGGAAGUGCAUUGAUGAUUUAUUGAGAAUGACAAAUUAUGAUAGUGCGUUAGAAUUAUCAAACGCUGCAGGUCUAAAUUCAUCAGGUAUAAUAUUAGCUCAGUAUCGAAAUAAAUUUAAACAUUAUAUAGAAAAGAAGGACAAAAUUGAAAGUGAAUUUUGGAUUAAAUGUGCGCAAAAUUUUGAGAAAUACAAAGUUUCACCUGAAAAAAUGGUUGAAUUUUUUAUUAAGUGUGCUGAGAAAGUUGCUUCUCAUCAAGAAAGAUAUGAAAUAUUACGUUUAGCUUUUGAGAUAUUAAAAAAUGUUCAAAUAGAACAACAGACUAUUGACACAUUAGAAAUGGCAAUGUGGAAAUCGUGUAUAUUAGCAGAUCCCGAAAACAUACAAUUGGGAAGUGGACCUUACAUUUUCAAUAAAUUGAAAACAGAAUUAUUAUCAGGACUAGAUGAAUUGAAAUUUAGUUGUGCAUUAAAUGAACCAUCUGAAAAGAAUGCUGCUGAGAAAUUAAUUAAUAAACUAAUCGAUUUAAAUAGAUUAGACACUGCAUUAAGAAUUAGUACCAUUUUUAAUUACAAGCAUAAGGAUUUACAAAUUUUAAUCCUAUGUUUGAGCUUGGCAGAAGGUGAAAUAACACCAAAUGAUUUAACUUUUGAACAGAAAAGUCUUUUGAAGGAUUUAAAUAAGAAUAAACAAAAUUACGGCGCCUUAAAAAAUUGUGGUUUAUCCAGAUUAUCUUCUUCUUCUUUGACUACUUUAACAAACUUAAGUGAAAUAGACAAAAUAAAGGAUGCAAAUAUUCACAAAGCACAAAUAGAAUGCUUAUCAAUUUUACAAAUAUUACUCAAAAGCUUGGAACAUGGACAAGAUAUAUGUCUGAGAAUUGUAUUAUGUUAUAGACUGGCUGUACAACUAGAAAAAAGUUAUCAUUUUUUAUUAAUACUAAAUGAUCCUUUUCAAUUUUUACAAGAAAUUGCGGAGAGUAACAUUGAAAAUAAAUCAGAAGUAUUUAAUAAUAUAAUUACUGCAUACAAAAUAAAUGGUGAUACCAUUGCAACAUUCUUGGCUAAACAUAUCACAGUAAAUAUUGAACGUGCUAUAAAAGAUGGUGAAGAAGAUAAUAUUUGUCUUUGGGGUUAUUCUUUAAACACAAAUUUUCGUAUAAUUAUGGAAUUAUGCAAUGAUGUCUCACUUCUUGGUUGUCAACUUUUGAAAAUGGCAAACAAAUUACUUAGACAUUUUCAUUGUGAAAAAAUGUCCAUGUUAAAGACAAUUGUAGAAUUACUGAUAAGAUCUCAUGAUUGUUUUACAACUUCUUGCAAUAUGGAAGGAAUAGCAUCAAUACUACGAAAAUGCCAGAAUCUUGCUAAUAUUCUGCAAAAUCAUAAACUGUGGACAUUAUUGGUGCGACUUGUAACGGGCGUCGGUCGUUUUACAGAAAUGAAUUACAUAUUUCAAAUUUUAAAAGAAAAUCAUCAAUUUGAAUGUUUACUUGGAAAAGGAUUGGACAAGGUAUCUGGAUUAAAAACAGCACUUUUGGAGUUUUUAAAACGUUAUUGUCCAAACAAUAAGGAUCUUUUCACUCUCGUAGCAUCACACUUUCAAUUGUACCAUGAAAUGGCCCUUAUGUGGGAAAAUGAAGCUAAAGAUAUAAUCAAUAAAUUAAUAUUAGAUGCAACAAAGGAUCACAGUAAACUGCAAAAUGCUGCUCAACAUGAAAUAAAGUUAACUAAAACAGAAUAUGUUUUGGAGCAACUACAGUUAGCCAUUUCCAGUUUCACUCAUGCAACACAACAUUAUUUGCAGGACAAAAAAUUAAAUCUUGCUACUUGGUGUUCGAAUCAAGCACAAUUAGUUGCUUUUCAACUUUCACUUUUUAAUAUAGUGUCUAAUAAUCAACAAGUAAUCUGUAUUCUUAAUUUAAAAUCUGAAGAUGUCGAUAAAAUAUUAUGUCAUACUUUAAAUUUCUCUCAAGCUCUUAUCGUUAUACACGCGUACAAUUGUCACGUGGAUUGGGCUAAUCUAAUAUAUAAUCAUUGUAUAUUAAAUGGAGAAACAAAAUAUUUAAAGGAUUUUAUAGCUUCAAAAACAUUAACUUCUAGUCUAGUGGAAGAUUGUGCGCGUAGAUAUCGAUUGGAAAAAGGCAUUACUCAUACAAUGACCGACAAUAUGAAAAUGUUGAUAUCUGAAUUAUCAGAUGUGGAAUGUAAAUAUAUGUUAGCAAGCCAGUUGGGAUUUAAAAAUAUUGUGGAAUCAAUGCUCAAUAAUCCUAUGAUUGUGGCAUACCUCAAAGAUACUGUUUGGAAAAAAAGUUAUAAUAUUACCUGAAUAUUUCAUUCUUCCAUAACAACACUCUCUUUAUAUAGAAUUUAAAUAAAUUGAACUUCCCAAAUAUACAUACACAUGUCAAAAAGUUUUCUUCAACAAAUAAGUGUUAUAAAUGUGUAUGUUUU